AUGGCCGUGGCAUCUGGGCAAGAUGACUUUCCCUUUUCCGAAUUGCAGCUCGACGAUGCACCCACCGACGGCCGCCCGACGACGCGGGUGCCAGCUACCAGCCCAUUUCGCCCCGUUUUCACCACUACCUUUCGCCCCAUUGCCACCACCACGACCAGUCCCACCGCGACAACUGCGAGUCCAUUCACAAGCUUAGUCCCCACCACAACCACGCUUCCCCAAACAAUUCCCCCGACAACCGCCGUGCCAACGGCUGUCUCACCUCGUCCCACGACUUCGGCGGCGGUUCCCACCACGGCAACCACAUCGCCAACGAUGACUACAGCUCCAAUCGCCACGAGCACACCUAGCAUGACAACCAGCACCCCCACGACCAAAAAUGCACCGCUCACGACAUCUCCCGCGCCAACCACUUUGUCGCCGCCAACGAAUCAUUCGUCCCAUGAGCCGCUGUACGUGGUGCGCAAUUCCACUGGCAACGGCACCAACGAAUCAAACUUCGCGGGGGUCGCGGCGUCCCCCGACGACAUCGUCUUUUGCGAUCGUGUGAGCAUUGAGCGCGACGCCACGUACUGCAUCCGUGGUCCCAUCUGCAGCGGCCGCGGCGACUCCCCCCAUGGCGUCCUGUGCCCGCAGGCUGGAGCCGUUGCAGUUGCCCAGUGCCUCCCCACUCUGCCAUCGUACAACGUCACACUCGGGCAGUGCAUUGCACGAACUGCGUCGGUUUGCCAAAAGAUUCAGGCGACGGAUGCGUGGGGUUGCGUCCUACCUUGA